GAUGGCUGAAGCGAACUUGUUAACUUGGGCCGGUGAAUGGGGCAUACCGUCGCUAGAUCCCACCUGUUUGCAAGUAAUGGCAUAUUCCCAGUUUGCUGUUUUUCCAGUAAAAGUUACCUGCUGUAAUAACCCGUACAAGUCACCAACAGCAACAUUACCAGUCCUACAGUUAACAGAUGAUAUGUUUUGUGGUUUUGAUGAUAUUGUUGACUACUUAAAGGAAAAUAACUUCAACACUGAUGAAGUGUUGUCAGACAAACAAAAAAUGGACACUCUUGGUCUGUGUUGCUACGUUGAAGAAAUGCUGAGACCAGCUCUGCUCUACAUGACCUGGUUAGUUGACCAAAACUACACUCAAUUUACUCGCGGUUUCUACGCAAAGCAGCUCAAGUUUCCAUACAACUAUAUCAUUCCCGCGAAGUAUUUCAACCACGCUAAGAAUUUCAUCGCGCACAAGUUGAACAUCGACGAAGGUGAUGUCAUAUCUGAGGUCACUGAAAUAAAGCUUCAAAAAAGAGCAGAAGCUUGUUUUGAAGUUGUAAACAGCAUGCUUGGUGACCAGGAGUUUCUCUUUGGCGAUAGCCCCACAACGCUGGACUCCAAAGUGUUUUCAUAUCUCCACAUCAUGCUACGAAUACCUUUACCGACAAAUAAACUGAAAUCGAGCAUCCUGGAGCAUCCAAAUCUUCAGCAAUAUUGCGAUAAAAUCAUUCGCCUGUAUUUUCCUAAAGUUGCGCCCGAACUCAGAGCACCGAACGAACUCAAGAGCGAAGAGGAAAAUUCACGAAAGAACAAGAUCAACGCUGUGAUCUCGGUCGGUUUUGCUGUGCUCUCAAUGGUCUUCUAUGCUUUGUCCAAUGGAAUUGUUCAUGUUGAUGAAAUUGGUUGGGGCAAAAGAACAGGAAAAACUACACAGAAUCGCAGGUAGAAUAUGGUACCAGUAGAGUACCUACAGUACACGCCUUAAAACGUUCCUCAUAAAGGUCGGAACACAAAGAUGGGAGCAUAGAUCUUCUAGUUUUGAUCGUGAGCUUAUCCUGAGAUUGUUUAGUUAAAUAAAGUCGUCUGUUUAGGUACAAU